UCAGAUCCACGUGUUAUAAUGUAUAUUCGGCACAACGCGCAUACAGGUUGAAACGGAUUUUCAUUCACAUUUUGCUGCCCACGUUAGUAUUUUCUAAUAUCUACAUUAUUCUAACGAAAUCGAUGAACCACCGUCCGCUUAAAUUAGGUAGGUAAUAUGAAUAAAAUGUUCAAAUUGAUCGAUGCGAAGUAACGAUAGUAAAAUAGACGCUGCUCCAUUCCAAUGAAUAUGAAAAUUCCACACCGGGGUUUUACCCAUCCUUUCCUCUUCACUUUAAAAGAUCCGUCUGUAUUAGGAAAAAUCGAGCAAGGAGGAGAGAGCACAUAUACAAUGACUGCAGCCUUUGCCCAAGAAGACUCCGAGGCUGACUAUUCCCAGCUGGAAGCGGUGAGCGGUUUGGAGUCGCCCGUCUCCUCUUCCUCGCGAAACGAAAAUCUGCUCGUUAAAAAUACCUCAUCCGGGAGACAGACACAGACCUCCACCGGCAGCCUGAACCUAGAGGAAAGCAUCACCAAGCCCCUGGUCUCCUCUGCAGCCGCCACCGCUGCAUACAUCAUGACAUCUGGAGAAUUCAUGCAGAGCGCUCCCCUGUUCGUGCGGAGAUCCAGGCGCAACCUCCUCUAUAAGAUCCUCUGCUUUCUCGUCCUCAUUUUCCAGGGCGGUAUUCUGGAUUUCUACCUGAUCGUGUUCACCGAUCUCUACUGGUCCUCAUGGGUAGCCACCGACUUGGUUGUGAUAACAGGGUGGGGGAUUUUCUUCAUAAAGAACGCCAGGAGCAAACGCGAGCGGGCUUGUGGAUUCCACCAGAAGACCUCCAUCUUCGGAUGCAACCUCGGGGAAUUCACCUUCGCCUAUUUAGCAUGGCUUAUCUAUGUUAUCGCAUGCACUCCGAAAGUGGUGCUCAUACUGGAGACGUCCAUUCUGGAUCUGAUUCAGCUAAAAGUGCUGCUCGGGAUCACAGGCUUUAAAAUAAUAAUGAUGCUAUCCGUACCAUUACUCUACUGCCUGAUAAAUUCAAUCAUCGAGGACGUGAAUGGGGCGAGUCGAUACUAUUCCCAAAGUUGCUUCAUGGUCACCUGCUUGGACCUGCUGGACAGCUUCACGCUGAUAGAAAUGCUACUGAGGAACGAGAUCCCGACCAACUACCUGAAGUACACGGUCAUUUCUGUUUACUUCAUCGCGCUCGGUGUCCCGGUCUUGUGGCUUUACGAGCUGACCUCCUCGCAGAUGAACUGCAGGUGGAUCUGGACCAAGUUCCUCACUGGCCUCCUGGUCAACGUGCCGUUGCUUGUGGUCAGGUGCCUGCUCAUGUAUGUUCAUAGGAUGCCAGUGUCGGUGUUCAUGUUUAAAAACGUGUUCAUCCUAGCUUGUAAGUGCCUGGAGUUGGUGGAGCAAUGCUUUAUGCUGAAGGGAGUCAGGAGAUUGACCGGCGACAAUCCGGCCCAGGUAUCACAUUGUGUCUCGGAGAAUGAUAUGUGUCCUCACGGUUAUGUCAACACGCUGGCGGUCAACACGCAAUCGUAAAAGGUUGGAUCGCAAAACCUACGUUUUCGUUUUGGGGACCAAGUGCUGAUAGUAUGACCGACAGUGUCUGUCUGCAACACAUUCUCAGCAGGUGCUAAAAUCAAACACGACAGUAUAUCAUAAAUCAAGACGUCAUACCCACGAUUGUGACACACAAAGGGGAUUACAAUACGGGAUGUUUUAUGGCUGUGAGAUAAUUGAUGUGUUUGUGCUGUUUAUAAGUAAUUGCAUUGCAUGUCUAAGCUACAGUGUGUUGCACUUUAAUAGGUGAUAUUUUCUUGAGGCAAAGUGCAAUAUAGAAAUACACCCGACAAUGUAAUUUGUGCACUGGUGCACAUUACAAUUUGCUAACGUAAUUUACAAUAUUACGAAUCUAUUUCCCAGAUAGCGCACAUAUGUUAAAAUGACACUGUUCCCAUAUCAGACAACACAAAGAAGCGACGUUGAUCUUCAGUCUUUCACUUUAUAUCAACAUUGAGUCAAGGUUUUGCCACCAUCAGUUUUUCAAUACUGAACAUCUGACCAAAAAUCAAUUCAGUUUCAACGUUGAUAAUUUAACACUGACCAUAACUCAUUUUUUUAACUGUAAUUCAACGUUGAAACAAUAAUACGGUGCUAUCUGGGUAAAAAGUAAGUUAUAAUUACAAAAUUACUUGUUGAGAAUCAAGAGGAAAUUUGGUGCACAACACAUCAAUUAACAUUAUGUAUAGGCCAAAACACCACUGUCAUUUUUCAAUAAUAGUAUACUGUACUACACAUUCAAAAUGCCAAUAAUGACCUUAAUGUUUUAAGAAAUAUACAUUGAUGAAUUUUAUGAGUAUUUUGUGCCUCUCGGGAUUUAAACAGCGUACGCAUUUAAUUUCCAGACUGCAAACUUUUUAAAUACGCCGCACUGAACUCGUGUGUUUUUUAAUGAUUUAAGUAUUGAUUUAAAUUUUCCAUUAAUGGAUUGUUACAAUCAUGAUUAGUCAUCAAAUUUACAUUUGAUAUUUCACGUUCACUUUUGAAUUAAGCCUUUGAAAUCCAUUGGUGGUGCGAUUUCCGUGAGCUGUCAGUCAUUUCCUGAUUUGGACCAAACGUCACCAACAGGAAAUAAGUUAAAACGGAUGGCGAUUGGCAACGUGGCAACAUCGAACCCAUAACCACAUGUGUAUGUCGCGUUAUUUUCCGGAUACCAGUCAAUACUCCUGAACAUAAAAGCAAAAAAUAAAUUAACUGGCAGGGAGAAUCCAAUGCUAUGAAGUUCAUUAUUCGGAGGUCACCCAUGCAUCGAUGAAUUCGUGAUUCACUUUAUUCAUAGAUCUAUGACAGGUAGACAUCGGAUUCUUCUUUCUAAAAUGUCAGAAUUGUGAUUACAGGAUGAAAGGUUCAAGUCAAAGGGAAUAACUCGAGAAAAAAAAUGAACGGUACAUUUAGGAUGAUAAGUGUUUAAGGUCAAAUAAAAUAUGAAAUUUGACCGACAGCAAAAUCCCUCGACGAACAUAUACGAAUCUCUGUUUUUCCAAAUUAACAUGGUCAAAUUUUAUCGUAAAUUAAUGCUCUAU